AUGUCCUCUGACGAUCCAUACUCCCGUCUGAAAGCCCUUGAAAGAAUGGGCAUAGUCACUGAUUACUCCAAGCUGUACAGGAAAACAGUGGCAAUAAUCGGCAUUGGAGGCAUAGGUGUAGUUGCAAGUGAAAUGCUGACAAGAUGUGGUAUAGGUAGAUUAAUUAUAAUUGAUUUUGAUAAAGUGGAAAAAGCAAAUCUUAAUCGCUUAUUUUACAAAUACGAACACGUAGGCCUUAAGAAAGUGCAAGCUGCGUCUAAAACGCUCAAGGAAAUAAAUCCAAAUGUAGAAAUAGUUACAUAUGAUAUAAAUGUGUGUUAUAACUACAAUAAAUUAUUGGAAAUAAUCACUACGGGUGGUUUCGACGGAAAACAAAUUGAUUUAUUGCUAAGUUGCGUGGACAACUAUGGAGCACGAGUUACCAUUAGCAAAGGAUGUACUAAGUGUGACCAAAUUUGGAUGAAUUCCGGUGUCUCUGAAGAUGCGAUGAAUGGACAAAUACAAACAUGCAUACCAGGCUUGACUGCCUGUUUCAUGUGUGCCCCGCCUUUUGUGGUAGCUACCAAUGGAGAUGAAUCUGAGAUUAAACGAGGUGAAGUUUGUGUUGCAAGUUUACCAACGACAAUGGGCGUUGUUGCGGGUUUGCUAGUCCAAAAUGCAUUAAAAUAUUUACUCAGCUUUGGAAAGGUUACUAGUUUUUUGAGUUACAAUUCCAAACAAGAUUACUUUCCCUCAUACAUAAUCAAGCCAAGCCCAGAUUGCUCAGAUGAUGUUUGUGUUCAACUCACUGAACAAAAAUUAGAACUAGCAAAGUCUUUAGAAUCUGAAUCUAAUAAACUUUCGGAUUUAAAUACUGAAUCUACAUCAAUGUGUGAUAAAAUUAAAGGCUCUUUUUGUGAAUAUGGUAUAACAAUACUUGCCAAUGAUAAUACUCUUGUUUCUAGUGACGACCUUGGUGUUAGUCCUAUUGCUGGUGCUAAUAUUGGGCAUAGGUUUGAAGAUAAAAGUACUAAAAGCAAAUGUUCCACUUCCCUAAUAUCAGCGGAAGAUAGUUUGGAAAUACUGCGCAAUAAGCUGUCUUAUUUGAACUCCCGUUCACAGCAAUAG